GGCUCAGAGAAGCACGGGGCUGUUCUCUGGCAUUGGUGCAGGACGCUUCCAGGGGUAGCACAGAGGCCUUUUUCUCCCUAGGAAGUUUCACCUGGGGGUGCUAUUAAAAUACUGCCAUCAAUUAUUAAGUGGAAGUAUGCAAUAUAAUAAUGAUCACUUAUUAAUCUCUUAUUAUGUGCCAGGAAAUUGACAUUUUAUUUAACCCUUACAGUGGUGAGGUAUAGCAUUAUUAUGACUAUUGUUCCUGGUUUACAGAUAAAAUAACUAAGAUUCAGAUAACUUAAGUGACUUGCCCAGUGUUUCAGAGCCUAGAAGUCCAUUAUAAAAGAGUUUGGACUGAAAAUACUGACAGCUAGUCUCUUCUGCCUCUUUCUAUCUGUGUGCCCUUGAGCAAGCUGCUAUCCAGCUUGAGGUCUUCACCAUCUCAAAAGUAAGGAAGUCAGACUAGCCCUAUGGCUUCUUCCUCUCUAGUUCUGUGACAGACACCUGCUUCUCCCUAUUUUUGCCUCAGUUCCAUCCCUUGUCCCACUACCCUCUUUCCAGUUGUUUCACCUUGAAUCCUCCUUCUGUCCCAUUUCAAAAUGUCUCGCAUUUGAAGUCUUCUUGGGUCUCCUCGCUUGGCACAGGCCAUCAGGACAACCCUUUGAGGGAAGGCCUGUCCCUGCCCCUUUAAUUUUCCCUGGGCUUGUAAUGCAUGUGAGUUGAGCUAACUAGCCAGCUCUGUGAGGUCAGAUAAGAUACUAUAUAUAUCAGAGUCAGUAACCCGAGCACCGGAUUACCCAGCCUAGAGUCAUACUCCAGCCUCCAGGCUCUCCACUGCGCUACUGGCCCAGCUGGGGAAGGAGAAGCCCCCAGAUCCUGCCCACUGCCCCUGCAACACAGCCCAUGAGGCUCCCAGUCCCCACUGAGUGCAGCCCUGAAGGAUGUCCCAGCUCUCCUCCACUCUGAAGCGCUACACAGACUCGGCCCGCUACACAGAUGCCCCUUAUGCCAAAUCAGGCUAUGGCACCUACACUCCCUCUUCCUACAGGGCCAACCUGGCUGCCUCCUUCCUGGAGAAGGAGAAGCUUGGUUUCAAACCGGGGCCACCAACCAGCUUCCUCACCCGUCCCAGUACCUAUGGCCCCUCCUCCAUCCUGGACUAUGACAGGGGCCGCCCCCUGCUGAGACCAGACAUCAUCGUGAGUGGUAAGAAAGCUGAGAGCCAGACUCGGAGCACUGACCGACCUUCAGGGAGUGGACUCAGCGGGGGCAGUGGAUUCCCUUAUGGAGUAACCAACAGCUCCCUCAGCUACCUGCCCAUGAAUUCCUGCAACCAGGGGAUAAUUCUGACCCAGAAGAAGUCAAACAGUCAGUCAGACCUGGCCAGAGAUUUCUCCAGCCUUCGGACCUCAGAUAGCUACCGGAUAGACCCUGUGAACCUGGGCCGCAGCCCCAUGCUGGCCCGCACACGCAAGGAGCUGUGCGCCCUACAGGGGCUCUACCAGGCAGCCAGCCGCUCCGAGUACCUCUCUGACUACCUGGAGAACUGUGGUCGAAAGGGCAGUACACCUCAGGCCCCUCCCUCACGAGUCCCUGAAGUCCUCAGCCCCACCUACCGACCCAGUGGCCGUUCUACUUUGUGGGAGAAGGGUAAAGGCCAGACUCCUGGGCCCAGCCGCCCCAGCUCCCCAGGGCGAGACAUCAUGAAUCCUAAGAGUACCCAGGGUCUGGCUGGUCUUCGAAACCUUGGGAACACGUGCUUCAUGAACUCCAUUCUUCAGUGCUUGAGCAACACCCGGGAGCUGAGAGAUUAUUGCCUCCAGAGGCUCUAUGUGCGGGAUCUCAGUCACAGUAGCAAUGCACACACAGCCCUCAUGGAAGAAUUUGCAAAACUAAUCCAGACCAUUUGGACUUCAUCUCUCAAUGAUGUGGUGAGCCCAUCUGAGUUCAAGACCCAGAUUCAGAGAUACGCACCGCGCUUUGUUGGCUAUAAUCAGCAGGAUGCUCAAGAGUUUCUUCGCUUUCUUCUGGAUGGGCUCCACAAUGCUGUAAACCGAGUAACAGUGAGGCCCAAGUCCAACCCUGAGAACCUUGAUCAUCUUCCUGAUGAUGAGAAAGGGCGACAGAUGUGGAGGAAAUAUCUAGAACGGGAGGACAGUCGAAUUGGGGAUCUCUUUGUUGGGCAGCUAAAGAGCUCCCUGACGUGUACUGAUUGCGGUUACUGUUCUACAGUUUUUGAUCCCUUCUGGGACCUCUCAUUGCCCAUUGCUAAGCGAGGUUAUCCUGAGGUGACUUUAAUGGACUGCAUGAGGCUCUUCACCAAAGAGGAUGUGCUCGAUGGUGAUGAAAAGCCUACAUGCUGUCAUUGCCGAGCCAGAAAACGGUGUAUAAAGAAGUUCUCCAUCCAGAGGUUCCCAAAGAUCUUAGUGCUGCAUCUGAAGCGGUUCUCAGAAUCCAGGAUACGAACCAGCAAGCUUACAACAUUUGUGAAUUUCCCACUAAGAGACCUGGACUUGAGAGAAUUUGCUUCAGAAAACACCAACCACACUGUUUACAACCUGUACGCCGUGUCCAAUCACUCCGGAACCACCAUGGGCGGCCACUAUACAGCCUACUGCCGGAGCCCAGUGACAGGCGAAUGGCACACUUUCAAUGACUCGAGUGUCACAUCCAUAUUCUCCAGCCAAGUGCGCACCAGCGACGCCUAUUUGCUCUUCUAUGAAUUGGCCAGUCCACCCUGCCGUAUGUAGCGACGAGGAGCUACAUUGCUUUUUCCCUUCCUCGUGGUGGUGGCCCCACACCCUAAGUUUUUUUUUAAACAAACAAACAAACAAAAAAAAACCCUGACAAAUGAGAGAAAAGCAAAGUGAAAUAAAGCUGCUGAGCAGGAGUUGCCAUGGCCUGGUCAGGCUCUGGAGCUGAGAGCCAGGUGCUCCUGAGCUAUACCAGGGAAGAUCAACAGGACAUGGAGACCAGAGCCAGCACAGUACCUCCUUGGCUUCUCUUGUUUGCCUUUUUACACUUUUGGUUUUUUCCUGAGUGUAAUAAGCCACAGCAGUGUAUGAGGAGAUCCUCCUGAGAAGAUAGUGCCCUCUGGAGUCUGCUGGGAGGAUCGCUUCCUGGAAGAGCCACGCCUGAACCUGGUAUCACUCUUCACCUGGACCCUGCUCACUGGUCCAGAAGCAAGAAAAACACCCAUGAGCCAAGAGCCCUCUCAACGCUGCUAACUCCAGGGGGACAGACCAGGGGACAUCUUUGAAAAAAGCUGUUUUUGGUUUUUAAAAACCCAGUUUUUUACAAUUACCCUAACUAAUGUUUUCAGACUGGACAUGCUCUCCUUCAUACCUCUUCACAGCUGGGAUGUUGUGUGAGUCAAUUUUGUGGGGUUUUUUUGUUUUUUUUAAUUCUUCAAAUACAACUUUCCUAAUGCUAGCCCCCAGUGGUGCUAGAUAGGUGUUGUCCAGGCCCCAGGUACAGCCACAGUAGACCUGGAAUCUAACAAGUUUUGGGGUUUUUUUGUUUGUUUUCAGGGAUUUUUUAAAAUGUUUUGGAAUAUAUCUAGUUGCCUCUAAAAAUUGUGCCUUAUAGCAUUUGGGGACUGGGGAGUAACUGUCCUUCCCUGAAAUGCCACUUCCCUUUCCCUUAUGCCAUGUUCAAACUAGCUGGGAGAGAGAGAGGUUAUGCCCUUAGCUCCUGGCUUGUUUGCAUUGCAGUGAGAUGAAAAGUAGAAUAGGUACAAGGAUAUUUCUUAUGAUAAUAGUGUAUCAAGUUCUUCCUGCCCACUUCCUCUAACUCACCCCUGGUCUACUCCCCAGCUAUUUGAAGGAUAGCACAAGCUUCUUAUCCCUAGAGCCUCUCUCACCUUUAAUUUAUUCCCUCUUAACUGCUUUUACUCCCUGACAUUCCUUCCCCACCCCUACCUUCUCAGAGCCUCCUGGACCAAGUUUCUCAGGGAUGCCCAUGACACCCCUCAGCUGCCCCUGGCAUCAUUCUUCAGUCCUACCCUCAGGGCUGGUGCUUGAGUGUUUUAAGACAUCUUGCCUCAGCCCUGUGAUUCUUUCCCAUGGAUAUGAUGCCCUAAGCAGUUGGGCAAACUUCUUUGCUAUCCCAGGGAGUAAAGCUGUUCAGCACCAAGGCAAGAAGCUCUAUGCAUGGAGCUGGCCUGGCUUCUGCCCCUUGAAGUAUGGAGCUUUCCGGUGCUCCCAGGAGGAGGCAUCAGAGAAAGACACCCUGAAUUUAACUGGCCUGACACCGUUCUCCGGGGAAGACCUAUGAACCUUAGCCAAAAGGCUAGUGUACACUUGUUUACUGUGUAAGCAAGAGUAGAAGAACAUCUAAUGUGCAGUGGAACCUUGUACAGAAUAAAUAGCUUUGAGAAAUA